AUGGCUAACGAUGAACUGCCUACGGCGAGCGCGGGAGCUUCGGCAAGGACACGGUGUGAGUCCAUCCCAGACUUUCCUGGAGCCAUGGUGCCAGAGUACUCCGCAGAGGUUCGAUCACCGGGGGAGCCCGUUGGUCGAGCACAGCACAUCCUCUACGACUCGGUGUCGGACCCCACAGACACGGAGUCUGAACAGGAGAUUGUGGCCAAGGCACGGCGGCGACGGGGGCAGCCGCCUUCCGUGGGCUCCGCUGGUCAUGGGACGGCUGUCCACUGCUUAGCUCUGUAG